UUGAAGCAGAGAAUGGAGCGGCGUGGAGCGGCUGAGGUGUUCUGGGUGCUGCUGGUCUGCUGGCUGGUAGUCGGGCCGGUGCUGGCUCAGGUCCGCCACCCUCUGCCUGUGCUGUGGAUGAUGCCCAUCAGCUCUGGGUCGGGGAGGGAGAACCUGACCGCUGCUGUGGCCCCGGCUGUCCGACUGGCUCUGCAGGACCUGAAGAGACAACCACCUCCGCUGGGAAACUAUGAGGUCCAGCUCCAGCUGCUGGACUCACAGUGUGAUCCUGCUAAAUCACUCAAAGCUCUGUUUGACGCCAUGUGGGCGGGGCCUGAGUACCUGCUGGUGUUUGGAGGGGUGUGUCCACCUGUGACGGCGCUCGUCGCUCGCUCUCUGCCAGCCUUCAACCUGGUGCAGGUAUCUUUUGCGGCCUCGUCCCCCAGCCUGUCCAACAGGAAGUGGUACAGGAACCUGUUCAGCACGGUGCCAUCAGACCGAGCUCUGAACCAGGCCACAGUGAAGCUGCUGCAGCGCUACAAGUGGACCAGAGUCGGGAUCAUCACCGAGGAAGGAGCCAGACUCUCAGAGAUGAAGCAGGAUCUGAUCAGACAGCUGCUGAAGGCCGAUGUUCAGGUUGUUUCCACACAAAGUCUCUCUGAAGACGCCUGCAGCAGCUUGAGGAGGCUGAAGGAAAGCGAUGUUCGGAUCAUCAUCGGGCAGUUUGAAGACGAUUCUGCCUCUGAGGUUUUCUGCUGUGCCUACACACUGAACAUGUUCGGAGCUCGGUACCAGUGGGUGGUUGCUGGUGGAGGAACAGCCGGAUGGAGGCCGGGCUCGCAGGUCUCUGGCUGCGCCGCCAACAGCGUGCUGACGGCUGCAGACGGAUCCAUCAGGAUUCAGAUCAGACAGCUCAGCCACACAAACACACCAGGAGUCUCUGGACGGACUCCUCAGGACUACCAGGACGCCUACCUCAGACAAGUGAUACAGGAGGGGUCAAAGGUCAGCCAGCUCCACACCUUCGCCUACGACGCCGUCUGGGUCGCCGCCAGAGCUCUCGGUCAGGUGAUGGAGGCUGUGAAACACAAGGAGAAAUACAGCAGCCAGAGAAACGUGAGCGUCAGCGAGGACGACGUUCAGAAGAGGCUGCUGGAGGCCGUGAAACAGACGCAGUUUGAAGGAGUCACAGGUCCAGUUUCAUUUCGGAACGGGGAGAGAAUGGCAUCUAUAGAACUGAUCCAGUUUCAAGGCAGCAGUGGUGUGUUGGUGGGGGAGUUCAGUACCGCCACCCAACAGCUGCGGCUGAUGAAUCACCUGAUGCAGUUUAAAGGUCCAAGACCAGCCAGAGACCAGACUGUGGUCGUCCUGCAGCGGCAGCAUGUCAGCCUCCUUCUGUACGGCAUCGUCUCAUCAGCUGCAGCUGUGACCAUCCUCAUCACUCUGACUGUCCUCUGCUUCAGGAUCAUCUGUCGUAAACACUGGCUGCAGAGAUGGAGCGGUGGAUCCCAGGACGAGCUGCUGCUGCUGGGCGUCCUGCUCUCCUCCUCCUCAGUCCUGAUCUCCGGUCUGGACGGAGCCCCGCUGUCCGACGGCAUAUCUGAGCUCCUCUGCUCUGUUCGUCUGUGGACUCUCUCUGUGGGACACACUGUGGGCUUCGCUGCGCUCUUCACCAAAACAUGGAGGGUUUAUUCACUCUGCAGCAUCAAACUGACGCAGCAGACUCGUCUACAGCAAACAGGCUAUGUGGUGCUCUGGAUGUUACUGCUGGAUGUGUUUGUUUUAACCUCCUGGCAAAUCCUGGACCCCCUCAGACGGGUGGUGCUGCAGCAUGACUUACAGAGUGACCCUGCAGAUCAGGACGUUUUUGUCCAUCCGUACUCUGAACACUGCAGCAGCAUCAACACGGAGCUGUGGCUCACUGCUGUCUACGGAUACAAAGGGCCUCUACUGGGUCUUGGGUGUUUCGUGGCCUGGAACAUCAGGACUGUGGAGGUAGAUCUUCCUGCUGACAGCGGUAAACGCCUGACACUGAGUAUGUUUGCUGUGACGGUGUUCAGUGUGUCAGGAGUGUCAGGAUCACUUCUGAUAUCCCAUAAUCCUCCUGUUCAGUUCUUUCUGACCAGCGUCCUCAUCCUCUGCUGUAACAUCUUCAUCCUGAGCUGGCUGUUUGGACCAAAGUUUUUGUAUAUGUGGCUGAACGGCAGCGAGCUGCAGGAUGAAGCUGCUGAGGGAGAAGCUGAAGAGCAGCUGAGGAGGUUAAACCAGCAGCUGAAGAGUCAGACUGCACAGCUCGAUGUACAAAUAGAAACCAUCACCAUGCAACUCUCUGAAACGCCGGGGUCACCUGAACCUGACCAGAAGCUGAGAGCUGAUGAUGGGGUCAGAUCUGUGACGCGGACUCAUGUAGUCCAGGUCUGUGCAGAUGUCAGGAACUCAGUGAGGAAACCUUCUAGUCCAGACGCCAUCAACUCUCCUGAACAUGUGCGGCGGCGUCUGUCCGUGCAGCUGCCGAUCCUCCAUCACGCCUACCUGCCCGCCAUCGGUGGCGUCAGCGCCAGCAGCUCUAGUCUGUUCGGUAGCGAGGAGGCCUUCGUUUCACCGCCGCCUGCUGAUGAACACGGCGACAGCUUCCUGUACGCCACGCAACUGGAGCCACAGUACUGCUGAACCAAUCAGGCGGCCGCUGAGACUUUCACUUGUGAACGUCUGUUCUGAGGAUUUGGGUCCUGUAUUCAUUUUUAUAUUUAUACAUUUAAUAUAACUUGAUUUGUAAGAAAGAUAUGAAGACAGACAUUACAUUAAAAUGUUUUUAAUCUACUGAAUGUCCUUGAAUGAUUCCUGUUUAAUCAUGUGACCAAUGAUCCCUGGAAUAUUGUGCAUGCCAUGUGAGGAGAAGCUGCUCUGUGAUGUCUGUUUGCUCUUGAAGCAAAUCAAAACAGGGAAUUUCUAGAAUUACAAAGUCCAGACAAACACGAGCUUCGACCGUCUUCAGGCUGCAGUUUAACCCUGUAAACUGGUCAGACAGAGUUUGGACUGAUGAUAGAACAAACCUCUUCAUGCGCACGGGCGCAGAAACAACCACAAGGUCCACUCAGAUGUUCUGGUACCAAGUACAUUUCCAAAUUACCCUCCUCCAGGUUUCUCCAGCGUUGAGUCCCUUUUCCAGGACCCCACCCAGAGAGUCCCAGAAGGCCGGAAAGUCCGACCUGCAGUUUGGUACACAGUCAGAGCCGACCUCUCAGCGACUCGGAGUCGCACAGAGACGACCUUCAUGUCCCCUGGGGAGAAGACAGCAGCGCGUCUCUCACCCCUGGGCAACUCCAGGAAAGGAGUCCAGCCCUUCUCCGGGGUUUAUGGUUCCAGACCCAGUGUCAUGCAUAGGGCCCAGUUAUAACUACAUGGCACCAGUAGACCUCCCACUCCAGCUCUGGUUCCUGCCCAGCCAGAGAAGUGAUGCCAGGGGUCAGCACCCCCGGGUCCCUGCCUUUGCCUUCCGCCCUGCUGUCAAUAAACCCGAUCCCAAUGCCUCUCCCUGCAGGUGGGGGGGCCCACAGGGCUGUGGCUCCAUGUAUGUUUUUGGCGAUGUGUCCGACACUCAACGGCAAGUCUGGCUCCAUGAGGGGGCCCCGGUUUCUUUAUUCUGGCUGAAGUGCCGCAGGUCCGUCUCAGCCGAUUAACAUGGUCUGUGAGUCGCUUUUAGUCUGGCUCCUCCCCUGGGACCAGUUUGCCUUGGGAGGAGGCCCAAAGAGAAGUUAUAGCUCUGGACAACACAGGCCAUGGCAUCCACGAUAAAAUGAUGAUUCUUUAAACCAGUAGUCGACUCCGGAAGGUAAAGCAGGACUCGACUCAGCAGGGGAGAACUGCUGACUGGGGAUAUAUCGAGUGACUGGGGAUCUCCUGGACCCGACCAAAGUGUCCCCUGCGGAGGAGGCAGAGUUUGAAGACUAUAAAGAAGCCAGACCUGUAUCUCUGGGUGCUUCCUGAGGGGCAUCUUGGUUGAUAUAAAUGUUUGCAUGCUGACAUCAUGUUCAGGGCCAUUGUUCCCUGUGUUCAUUAUAAGUUACUGCAAUGGGCCCCAUAACCACCAGGGGCCCCGUGGAUGGUGUAAUGGGAUUAAAAACAUCAUAUAAAGCACUUCUUAUUUACUUAUUAUUUGUUUAAAAGUUUAUGUUUUAAUCAUUUCAAUCAAAUUCAGUUUAUAUAAAUGUUUCCUUUUCUCUUUUACAUUAAUAGUGAAAAUAAUGAUUUGUUAAUAUUCUUGAACAUGUUCCUGUUAAGUUACUUAUUGUUUUUAUAUUUCUUUAGAAUAAUCAUAAUAAAGUGUUUUACACUGAAAAAGAUUUGUAUUUUUUUAUUUUAUUAUAUUUGUGCAAUUUAAGUUUCUUAAAGAUUUUAAUUUAAAAAAAAUGUUUUGUUUUCAUAUUGUGAUAUCUAGUAAGUCAUUUUCAUUCAGGGAUAUAAAACUGUCUUGGGGCCCUGAGGUUGUAGCCCGAUGUUUGUGGUUUUGGUUUGGAGGGGCCCCAGUGUAAGAUGUCUGUUAGGGCCCAACAUGUUCAGAUGUUUUUUCUACCUGCUCUGCUGUUUGAUUCUCCCCAAAGUCAUCUGAGGUUUUUACUGUCAGCAGUUUGGAAAUAUCAGAUGCAGCCUGCCAGGUUACCACCACUGAUGUUAUAAAUUAACUACUGCAGGCAGGACGUAAAUAAAUAAAAAGUGCGUCCGAAAGGAGCAGAAACAGAAAGGAGUGUGACGGCUCUAUAAAAUCUGUCCUGACUGUCUCAGUGUGCUGCGACUGGAAGACAAAGACCAGAUUACAACCCAACAUGUGGUCCAUCAGGAUGCUGGUCUCUGCUCUGGCUCUGACUCUGCUGGCUGUCUCUGUGGGGUCCUGGUCUGAUGGCAACCUGUCAGGCUCCGAGCUGACGAGGCUCUUCAACUCUCCAGUUCAUUUAGCUGAGAGGAUGACACGACCAAUGGGGUCCAGUCUUUCUUCAUCUUCAUCUAGUUCUUCUGGAAGCGGACUAAUCAGCCACUCUGGAGUCAGAGUGACGCUGGGCGACGGCUCUCAGUGGCUCGUCCAUAAAGGAAAAGACUACGGCAUCUCCUCUCAGACGGUGGUGACCAGCGCUGACCAAAUGAGCUCAGCCUGGAGGCCGGACACCAGCUCUCGGGGACUGAGGGAUUUCGAGGGGAGCAAGACUGUCGGUGACUUUGUGGCGACCGGCGGCUCCACCUACAAUUUGCUCUUAAAUAACUGUCACACGGCAUCUAAACGGAUGAUGAAACAGUAAACAUGAACUGUUCUGCUCUCUGAAAGAUCGAAGCUGCAGUUUGCUUCCUCUCUGCUGAACAGAUAAUAAAGGUGAAACCUCAGA